UUUUUUUUUGUUUAAAAGUUUAGUCUUAAAAAUUUUUUCACACCCUUUUUUUAAAUAUAAAUCUCAUUAUUUUCUCGAAUUAUAUAAAUAAACCAUCUUCUCUCUCCUUCAGUACAUAUAAAAUUAUCAUAAAAAAAAAAACUUAUAAUCAUAUAUUAAAAUCAUUAUACAUAUACUUAUAAUCUUACAAUCAUACAUUUAUAUAUUUCACAUUUCACGUCUUAAAAAAUUCUUUCUUAAACAACAAAAACUUACAAUAAUUAUUCAUCAUGUGGCAAAGAUUUUUAGGAGCUUCUUCACUUGUCGCAGUUGUCGCGAUAAAUACUACUUCAAAAGUCGUUCAUCCUCCACAGGAUCAUCAUCACCAUCAUACUCAUCAUAAUAAAAAGGAAGAAAAUCAUGAUUAUAAUCAUUACAAUAAUCAACCUCAUUAUCAUUUUACAUUCUCAAGAAAUGGUCAGACUGAAAAUACUGAUCCUAUAAACAACACUAAAUCAAAAAAGUCAAAAUCCAACAAGCGACAUACAAAUAAACACUACUUAUAAUGAUUUUUUUUUGAUAUUUUGGGACAUUUUAUUACGUUUUAAUUUUCCACUUCCUUUUUUGUAUUUAUAUUAUUAAAUGAAUUUCUUUCUUUUUUUUUAUCUUUUU